GCAAAACAAGGAACGAUUAGUGACCGUUGUCUCUAUUUAGACUCGUUGCAGUGAGUAUUCUUAACUGCUGUCGAAGCAACUCCGACGGUGAACAGUGGUCGGUCAUGCAAGUACUAAGCGCUUUCAUAUUGUUAAAUAUUGUGGUCGACAACUAGGACUGGUUCCUUUCUCGAUACCACGGCAAAAAGCCAUGCAGACCAAGGUGUACCCGUCACCUCAGAAGGAUUUGGGGCCUCCAAGCUCACACAACCUGAGACAAGAACCAGUGUUAAACACCGAAAUGGCUGAUAGUAGAGAGUGCGGUGUGGAAAGGACCUCAUCGAAUGUCAGCUCAAGCUCCGAGCUUCCACGCUCUGAGUUCCACUUGUUGCUGGACUUUCUGGAUACUGACGCCAAUGGAAUGAUAUCCGCCCUGGAGCUAGCAAACUUCGUGGACAGCCUGCUGGGCACGCAGGACCACGAGCGCCCCGAGGGCUCCAUCAUCUUCGAAGCCGUACUAACCGCCGCCAUUCGACAUGCCGCACAAACCGACGAUGAUGCACCCAGCAACAACCACUGGGGGCCCAAACCAUGCCAAGCUCCUCCUCCUCCUCCUCCACCACCAACAACAACGCAAGCCAUUCCAGCUCUAAGAGCCCAACCAAGCAGCGAACAGCCAACCGCAGCAGCCGCACCCGGGGCCCAGCGGUGGAGCAGCGGUCGGGGCGGCGGUGGCAGCACAGCCAAGGCAGGGGGCAUGGGCGGUGGUACGGCAGGUACGACAGCCUCCCUAAAUCAUCAGCAGUCGAGUAGGGUGGGGGAGGUGGCGGGGCGGGAGGUGCAGUCGUACGGCAGCCAGUGUUUCCUGCCCAUGGAUGCCGUACAGCGCUGCUUCGAGGGCCUCCUGGCGGACACCGAGCUGUGGGUGGAGCUGGCGGGGCGGUACAGCAUCCUGACCACUUGCCUGUUCAGGCAGCUGCUCAUGUACGCAGGCGGCCGUCUGGAGCGCACCUUCAGCCUGGGCGGCUUCGCGCGCAGCUGGGUGGCCUUCAACACGCUGCCGCUGUGGCUGCCCUUCAGGAGGCUGUGGGCCACCAGCCCCACGCUGCUGCCCGUCUACCUGCACCAGAUCACCAAGCUGCACUCGCAGCUGGGGGCGGUGGGGCUGAGGGGCGUGCUGCUGGGGAGGCAGGGGGGUCAGGCGGGGCAGCGGCGGGGUCACGUGGUGCUGCUGUGGCUGACGAUGGCGCAGUUCGUGGCGACAUACGUGCCGCUGGUUGCCUUCUUCGCCGCGCACGGCAUACCCAACAUGUGGCGCACCCACAGCGCGGUCGACUUCUUCCACGCCAACCCGCUGGCACAGCAGCUGAGCGUGUUCGGCAGCGUGCUGCCUUGGGCGGUGCUGCAGUUCCUGACCUCCUCGGGCGCCCUCAAGCUCAACUGCCGUGACUUCGUCAGCCUCAAGGACCAGUGCAAGGCUGUGUUCCUGCUGGGGGACGUGUCCUCCCAGUUCGAGGGCUACCCGGGCCUCACGCUGCGGCAGGUGAUGGACGACAUAAAGCGCCAGGUCGUGCAGACACUCAACCGUUCCCACUUCCGGCGCCUCAACGCGCUGAUGCCGCUGCUGUUCAGCAUCGCACUGGAGCUGUUCAGGAAGCUGGUCCGUGUGUUCCUGGUCCACAACUGGGUGGCCUCGGAGCGGCUGGCCCGGGUGGUGGUGCCCUUCGAGGUGUACGGACUGCUGUACAACAUCUGGUUCGCGUACUCGGAAUCUGCCGACUGUACGGCCUACCUGUACCAGCUUAAGAAGACGUGUGCGGUGUUCAAGACCCUGCUGACCAAGGAGGAGGCGCUGUCGCAGUCGCUGCCGUGGCUCAACAACCACAGCCCACGCAACCUGCUCAUGUGGGCGCGGCUGCGGCGCUACUACCAGAGCCCCAACUGCCUGGAGCUCAGGUGGAUCGAGAUGCACCUCACGCUGGUGGUGCUGGCGGCGGUUGCCGUAACUGCCGUACUCAUUGUGACGUUCGUACAGAAGACGCUCCUCCGCUUCACGGCCGAGAAUGCGGACCUGCAGAUGUUUGUUGCCUGGGUCAUCCCGCCCUUCAUGUACCUGAUCGCGGGUCUGGUCAUCGACGUCAUCUUCUCGGCUUCCACCGGCCAGCAGUACCACGACGGUAUCACCACUCUGUCCGCGGGGGGGGUGGCCAUUGCUGACCGCCUCAACAGCGCAGCGGAGCUCACAGCUCCCGGGCUGGAGGGGGAGGGGGGUGAGGGGCAGCAGAGCGGGGAGGGCGGGGUCGCCGCUUCACCCCCCGCCCCCGCCACCCUCCGCUGGCGGCCAGCUGAGCGGUUCCGACUGAGUCCCUGGGAGCGAUCCCGGCUGCGGGAGUGCCAGGAGAUCAUUCGAUCGGUUGUGUCGUACAUCCAGUUCAACCCCGAGUACAUCACGCUGUUCGGAGUGCCCAUCGACACGCAGCUGCGCAACACGUUGGCGAGUGUGGCGGUCACGCUGGCGGGGGCGGGCGUGAGCGCCUUCCUGGCGCUGUUGCUGCAGAAGUGAGGGGGGUAAAGAGGAAAAAGCUAACUGACUGAGGGGGGGGGUUCAGCAGGGGCGCGUGAGGGGAGGGAGGGAGGUUGGAAGGUUUGUUGGUGCCGAAGAGGGGUUGAGGAGGUGGGAGGUUCUUGGCGCUGGUGAGUUAACUCAAUCCUUGAAUGAGGUGGAUGCAAGCGGCGUGCUGAGAAGCGAGUUGGUUGAUUAGCCGUCAUGAUGUAAGCUUUCGGCCGCAAACCGUUGGCCCAACCGUUGUUCCGUUUUGUGUUUGGUUAAGGCUCUCGAGGACUGCCGGGCCGUUGGGUGAUCCCUUGGGGACCUUACCACCCGGGUCCUCGCUGCAUUCACUGUUUCCCCACAACUGUGCUCGAAGUGCUGGUGCUCGAAGUGCUGCCUCAUGAAGGCUUCAGUUGCCCGAAUCCCUUGUUUCGUACUUCGUACGCAUUGCCGUACGCAUUGCCGUACACCUGCCAGUACGGCAGCGGGCGGAGCAGCUGUCGUGUAUUUCUUACUGUUAAGCGGUUUACUUCACUGCAGCUCUUCACUUCAUCCAAAACCAAUUAGAGCGGCAUUGCUUGGCUCGAGUAUGGGGUAUUGCGUGUGGCUCGCUUAAGAGUUUGCAAUCGUGGUGGUUGUCAAUCGUGGUCAGGCGCGGCGCUGAAAUGAUGGUAGGAUCACGCAGACGAAUGAAGGCGUCGCUGAAUGAAGCGGAUAACGUUGUGGGGCUGCACGUACUAGUAAUGGUUCGCCUGGAGCUGGCUGACACUUGGUGGUGGUGUCCUCUGGUGCAUUAUAGAAUGUGUUACGUACGAUCGUGCGAUGUAGACUGGGGCAUGCGGCUUGCGGCAGCCCACGAGCCCAGAGGGAGGGGGCGUCUGCAGGUCGUACUGCGA